AUGCCUGCUCUUUCGCCGACAAUGACGGAGGGCAACAUUGCGACCUGGAGGGUGAAGGAGGGCGACAAGUUCUCUGCCGGUGAUGUGUUGUUGGAGAUCGAAACCGACAAGGCUACCAUGGACGUCGAGGCACAGGAUGAUGGUAUCAUGGUCAAGAUCAUGCAGACCGAUGGUGCCAAGGGUGUUCCUUCCAAGCCAGCCGAGUCAGCACCUUCGGCACCUCCCCCACCGACCACCGCGGACCAGUCCAACGUUGCCGUUCCCGAAUCCGCCCCUCAGAAGUCCUCGUCCAAGUCGGUCCCCAAGGUCCCGAGCAGGCAAUACCCCCUCUAUCCUUCCGUCGCCCAUCUGCUCAAGAUCAACGGCGUUGAUGCCGAUGUCGUUAAGGACAUCAUCCCAACCGGCCCCGGUGGUCGUCUGCUGAAGGGUGACGUUCUUGCCUACCUUGGCAAGAUCAAUGCCCAGACUCCGGCCACCGUCUCCGAGAGGUUCGAGAAGCAGUCGCAUCUUGACCUUAGCAACAUCAAGGUUGCCAAGAGCACCGAGGCCAUCAAAGCCACCACCGAGAAGGCUCAGUCCAAGAAGCUGGAUACCCCUGCUCCUCCUCCCGUAGCCGUUGUUACCGCUCCUAUCUCUCUGUCUGCCGUCAUUGAGGUUCAGAAGAAGGUCCACCAGACCAUCGGCGUCUUCCUCCCUCUUUCGACCUUUAUUGCCCGGGCCACCGAGAUCGCCAACCAGAAGCUCCCCCUUCCAGCGAACUACCAGCCUACCGCCGAUGAGCUCUUUGACCAGGUUCUCGGUCUCGACAAGGUCAAGCGCAAGGAAUCCCGCGGCUCUUAUACUCCCACAUUUGGCUCAUUCGUGGCCCCUCAGCGGGCGCAGCGCAAGGCCGAUAUUCUUGACAUUCUUGCCGGCCCCUCCAAGCCCGUCGCCGCUUCCAAGCCCGCCACUCCCGGUCUUACCACCUCUGGGCCCAACGUUUUCAGCCUGCAGGUUCCCAAGUCGGAAGAGAAGAGGGCCCAGGCAUUCCUUUCUAAGAUGAAGCUUGUUCUGGAGCAGGAGGCUGACAAGCUUGUGCGGGCAUAA